AUGCCGAAAGCUACGCCUUCUCGCUCCGCCGCUGCCCGAAGGCAUAAUCCAUUAGCGGAGGAUAUUAUGUCUGCAGGCCAUUUACGGACCCAAUCCAGUAAGAAAGGCAAACAAAAAUCGCGGUCAGAUGUGGUCCAGGAAGAUGGCGAGCGCUUUGUGGAUGCAAAGCUGUCUCGCAAAAUUUUGCAGAUUGGACAAGAGUUAGCGGAGGAAGAUGCGGCUGAGCGCAGGGAAUCAAUGGGCACUACGGGGGAUAUGGUUAAUUCGGCUUUCAACUUCGAAUCGCGGUUUGAAGAGAAUGGAGUUUUAUCAGAUGACGAUGAGAAGUUCCGAGAUGACCAGUGGGAUGAGGAGGAGGAAAUUGAAGAAGUGGAAGUUGAUCCCAAUGAUCUCGAUAUGUUUCAUAAAUUUAUACCCGGCGGUGACGAGGACCCAAUUUUUAAUCCCCGCGAGCAAGAAACUACAAAUUUGGCCGACCUCAUCCUAGAGAAGAUCGCGGAACACGAAGCGAAGCAAUCUGGAGAUAGUGGUCCAUUUAUUCAGGGUGGAGGGUUGCCAGAAGAUGCUGUGCAGAUACCGGCAAAGGCCGUUGAAGUAUACGAAAAAGUCGGCAUGAUCCUGUCCCGCUAUAAAUCUGGUCCUCUCCCAAAACCCUUCAAAAUUCUACCUUCCGUUCCCAAUUGGCCGACUCUCCUCUCUAUCACUCGUCCAGAAUCAUGGUCAGCUAAUGCUGUAUACGCUGGGACGAGGAUCUUUAUUUCAUCUAAGCCAGCAGUUGCGCAAGAGUUCAUCUCUACAGUGCUGCUAGACCGUGUUCGCGAGGAGAUUCAUGAGACGAAGAAGCUCAAUGUGCAUACUUACAACUCGAUGAAGAAGGCCCUGUACAAGCCCGCUUGUUUUUUCAAGGGGUUGUUGUUCCCUCUUGUCUCUAGUGGCACCUGUACCUUGCGUGAGGCUCAUAUUGUCUCUUCGGUCAUUGCGCGGGUCUCCAUUCCGGUUCUCCAUUCCGCUGCUGCUCUACUUCGCAUGUGCGACCUCUCUGCAGAGCAAUCCUUAAGGUCCCUGGAAAGCACUGGGGCCGUUAAUAUGUUCAUUCGCGUCUUUCUUGAGAAGAAGUACGCACUCCCUUACAAAGUGAUCGAUGCUCUUGUCUUCCAUUUUCUGCGCUUUCGUGCGGGCGACGGUGGCGAAGAUUCAAUGAUGACAGAUGGGCCACUAAAAUCGUAUAAGCUUCCGGUCCUCUGGCAUCAGUCACUGUUGGUCUUUGCCCAGCGCUACCGCAAUGAUAUCACUGAGGAUCAACGAGAGGCACUUUUGGAUUUGCUUUUGGUGCGUGGUCAUAAAGACAUUGGACCCGAGGUUAGGCGGGAGUUGUUGGCUGGCCGUGGACGAGGCAUAGUUGUUCCAGACCCUGAAAAGCAAGGUGCUCUAGAUGCUGGAGAUGACACAAUGGAUGUUACGCUUUAA